UAAAUGCUUUAAUAUAUUUUCCAAAUCUCGCACCGUUUUGUUCUUGAUUCUGCAGAAAUUUCCGCGAAUGAUUUAAAUCACACUCAUAUUUUCUCGCCAAACAAACGGAAUUUUAAUGUUGCAACUUUUCCUGGAAAAAAUGACGAGGCAGAACGGCGACAGGUCAGCAUGACGAGGACCAACCAAAGAUGAAUUCCUUGGCGUGCCCCACCACCACUUAAAAACGUAAGCCAACGCUCCCUAUAUUCCCUUGGUCCACUCCCAUAAGAAACUCCCCAUUAACAUUAACAUAACCAAUCCAAUUGCUCUCUCCGGCGAGGUCUCCGGACCCCCGUACGAGGGGCGGCGCUCCGAUUUCCUUCCCCCAAAUAUGGCGGAACCCGCCGAACAACCCCCGCCGCCUCCGCCGCGGCCUUUCCCGCUCUACAAGCUGCUGUCGUGGUCGCCGGACGCCGACCGUGAGGAAACGUGGCUUCGGCGGAAAACCCAAAGCAAGAUGCGGCGGAGCAAGAGCGUGACCGACGACGACGUCGAUGAGCUCAAAGCCUGCAUCGAGUUGGGCUUCGGAUUCGACUCGCCGGAGGCGGACCCACGACUUUAUGAUACCUUCCCGGCUCUGAGCUUGUACCACGCCGUAAACAAGCGUUACAGCGACAGUCUCUCGAACUCCGUGGCGUCUCUCUGCUCUUCCCCUGCUUCCGACUCUGUUUCUCCGUCCUUCCAGAGCAGCCCCGCCGCCAUAAUCAGCCACGGGGAGAAUCCGCAGACGGUGAAAGCGAGGCUGAAACAAUGGGCGCAGGUGGUUGCUUGUUCAGUACGGCAGUAUUGAUAUUUUUAUUAAUUUUUCCUCUCAGAUUCAGACUUUAGACUUUCUUUUUUGACUCGACUACAAAUUCUAAUCAAGACCAUACACAUUUAAUCUUCAAA